UGUGUUUCUUUACCCAUUUUCUAUUCUUUCGUAUUAUAAAUAAAUAUAUAGAUAGCAAUAUAAUUUUAUUUAUCUUAACUACCCGUCUGGUAGUUAAGAGUUACUUUUUUAUGAGUGUAGAUAAACAUUUUUAACUCAUGUCUAUUCUUUCUCUUAUUAUUUUGAUAAUAGCAACUGCAUGUCGCAAAUAAUGAUAACAAUAGGCGAUUAUUACUUUUCUUAUCAUUUAACGUGACGUCAUUAGUAAGUAAAUGCAGCAUAAAGUUGUAGAGAAAAAUGCAAAGAGUUUUCAAUCAUUUAAAACAUUAAUUUUGUUCAUUAAAUAUAUAUUUAUCGACAUUAUCAGUACAUACAUCAUUUCUUUCUUCUUUUUAUUAAUUAAUAUCUAGGUAGCAGAAAGAAAUUGCCACAGUAAAGUAUCGAUCGGUAUCAUUGGAAUUAAAUAAACGAUAUUUCUUUGAUAACUAUCGUCUAAAUCAACCAUCGGUGUUAGAGCCAUGGUAUUAAUCACAAAAUUACUAUCGAAUUACUGCACAUAAAUAUGAAAAAUCAUUCUAUUGCUUAACGCUAUAAUAAACGAGGAGUGAACAAAAUUCUUAAUGUCGGCGGUGAAUUCACGAAAGGUGGCCUCGAAUUCUCUUGAAGAUGUAGGACCGAAUAGUACGAAGUCACAUUUUCCCGUGACCCCAUUAUUGGAAUUCAUGAAAGGAGAAGUUAAUUUAUUGCAUAAGAUGAAGAUUGAAGGAUACCAACAGAUUAAAAUACCAUAAUUAAGAAGAUAAUGAACCAAAAACCAUGUAGAUAAUUAAUCACGGAAAAUAUCUCUUCAUAAUACAUUUAGUGCAAAGAAGUGAUGACACGACGAAGCUGCGCAAUUUCGGCAGUACAUCAGGGAACUGUGGUCUCUCUCUCUUUGAAGAUUCUAAACCUAAGUACUUACCUAAAUAAACUGACGUGACUAAUAUGAAAACUGUAAUACAACCUGAACUGAAACGUCUUUCUGCCGAAAUUAUACAUUCAAAUGUUUGAUGUUCCUGUAUCAAUUUCUCAGUACACCCAGAACGCGCGGUUCGACGUUUUCCGAAUUUCCGAAAACGUAUUUUUCGACGAAAAUUGUAGAAUAUUAAGGGCAUGAAAUCUCGGCAAAAUUACGCGUAAAAUCGUCAUGCAGAAUAGCAAUGAGAAAAAUUCUAGUGAACCCUUUGAGUGGACGUAUAAGGUUCGUUAUCGCAAAACUUGUUUAGGGAUGUUUAGCUACCUAGGUUAUGAUUGCAAUAAUUUAGUUAAUAUAUGUUAUAUAUUAGAUGAUAUUUUUUCUUAAGGAAAUAAAAUUGUUAUUGAAAUAUUUAUAAGACUCUAAAAUUGUCGAAAAAGUGAAGAGUAGUGUGUCCAUAUUUCUAUAUAUUUAAUAAUCUUUACCCGAUUUUACAAUGCCGUACAUUUAAUUAAGACACUAUGUCGCGAGAAGAACAUGAAGCCUCUGCCGGCAGUGCAAACAUAUCUGCAAAAGAAUUACUUACGAUUUUGUGCCGAUCAUGUAAGCGUGAAAGAUUGGUCGCCGAUAUUAAGCAGUAUAAUUCAAGAUAGGAGCUUGUCAAAAAUUUACGUGUACAGCCGAUGUCGUUGCAAGAGAAUUAAAGAAAAGUUAAAUACAGAGGAGAAGCUUGCACAAUCACGGUAGUUGACAAACACGUAUGCGUAUUGUAAUUGUGCGACAGUUUACUAGGCUUAGCAUUGAUUUAGUAGAUACCUUCUUUUUCCGUAGAAAUGAGAGAGCUUGAAAGAUUUAAUAUAUAUUCAAAAUAAUUAUCACCCAUAAUGCGUAAAUGUUUGCACGAUUUUUGCAAAUAAAACGAAAUAUAUUCAUUAUUAUUUUCACUUUCGGAUACUGCUUCCAGUAAGUUUAAGCUUGCAGGUGACAUCGCGUGCGCAACCAAAGAAAGCGAGGGGAGAGUUAAAAAAAGUAUGAUAAUGACAAGGGAAAUAAUGAUGAACUGACCAAUUGCAAAAUGGCAAAUGGACUGGCAUUCUGUUCGCACGUUCAGGAGAUGCGCGCGAAACGGUCGUCAGCAGCCAGUUCUGUACACGAAUUUUCUGCUGCGAUGCUUCGUCCAUUCCAUUGCCGCUUGCCUGAGGGACUCGUUGAUGAUCACCAGCCUCGCACUCGAUGGUAUCCCUCUGGCACCAAAGUAUCUAAAGAUCCUCAGUGAUGGCUUGGCAAACAAUCGAAAUCUGCGUAGCUUGUCAUUGGCCAGAUGCCGAAUAGGCGAUACAGGCUGCGAUAUAUUGUUGGAAAGUUUGCAACAUAAUCCGAAUCUUCGUAUUUUGAAUUUGUCAUCGUGUUGUCUGACUAACAGGAGCGCCGCGAGUUUGUCGCUGUUCUUCAAAAAGAGAAAGGCGGAUUUGUUGCAGAAUAUGUGGAAGGAAUCAACGUUAUCCCAGAAAGAAGCUUGCGCUACAAUGGAGGAGGGACUGCGAGUACUGAUUCUGAACAAAAAUCACAAAUUCAGUAACGUUAGUUUGCGUCAACUGAUACGUAUGCUGAAGCACGAUUUCUGGUUGAGAACGCUGUGCUUGCAAUGCUGCGGGAUUACUCAACACGGCGGAGAAAUUGCGUUGGAGCUUCUGCAAACGAACAGUGUGCUUACGCACAUUGAUCUUAGAGAUAACGAGGUAUCGACCGACGUGUUGCACACCAUUCGCAAGAUUCUGAAGAAAAGAAAAAGCAGAGAGGAAAGGAUACCGAUGAAGAAGCGAUUGUUGAACCGUAAGCACGUUCUUAGGCAAGAAACGAUUUCAAAGAAAGCAUCUUCUGAUUACGCACCAAAGGACAAUGAAUUUUCCGCAAAUCAAGUACAGUCCAAAUCGAAAAUGCAAUGCGUUUCUAAAGUUACACAAUCCGUGCGUGCAUGGAAAACGGAAAACAAAGACAAUAGAAAAUGCAAAUCGCGCAGUACAUUGAGAAAGAAUCACAUCAAGUGGACGAACGUGGAUAAAUUGAAGAAGUGUCUGAUGCUCAUGAUCGAGGGCAACCAAAGCUUGAUCGCGGCCUUGGAGAACAGCACCGAUUUUCUGAUGAAGGAAAGAGAUCGCCGUUUGAGCGCCGAGGAAGCGUAUCAUAAACUCCAACCUCGUCUCAGAAGUCUCAGGAACAAAAUCAUUAUGCAGAAUUCUAUUCACUCGAGUAUGCAUUAUGAAAAUCAAGUCUACACGAACUUACAAAACGUAUUCAACGAAUUAAGACAUGCAUAAAAGAGAAGAGAUCUGGAAUGAUAGGAAAAAGUCUCGAAGAAGCCAGUGAAAAUAAGAAUAAUGCUAUCGUUCAUUAUCAUAAAAAUCAACCGUACAGAAGCCAAAUUGCUCAUCUUUCGCACAGGAUAUCGAAUUGUCAUAAAUAAUUUUAGACUAUUCAUACUUUUUUAUUAUUCUGUCACAUACACAUUAAUCUUCGUACACAGUAAUGCACAAUGAUGUUGUAUAAACGUUCACUACAGUAUUAAAAUAUAUAAAUGCAAUCAGAAAAUGUACAUAAUUAAAUAAAAAACAUUUGUGAUUAAUGCUUAUUUGUGAUACGCAUAUUCUUUUGACGUCAGAUUCAGAGAAUUGUGAUUAUUAGCAUUACGCGCGUGGAGAAGUUUUGCUAUAUAGUUUUAUAUAAAUUUAUGUACACGGAAAAUAUAAUAUAAGAAAAUUCACAAAAACUGACAUAAUCUUCUCUAAGCUUAUCCAGAUGAGUAAUUAUUGUUCUAUAAUGUAUUUGAUAAUAUAAAACAUUGUAAAACAUAUAAAAUAU